GGCUCAGGUUGUGGCGUACUGCGUUCUGAUCCAGAGAAAAUCAGAGUGAAGGAGAUGUAUUACUGGAUACACGCUGCAUAAAUCAGCUGUCACCGCCCGCACACCAUAUCUACCUGAAGACCGUGUGGGUCAGCGGUCGUAUCAGAUCGUGGCGACUGCAGACUCGCAGGUGCAGAGAUGGACUGAGACUCUAAAGACGGCAGAUGCAGGACUCGUGCCUACGUACCUGAAGCUCCAGCUGCUGAACCACCUGCAUCUGGACUCGGCACUGCGCCGUGCUUCUGUCGUCCAGAGUGUGCUCGCUGCCUAAGUGCCUGAAACACACAAACACUACUGCUACUGAGGGAGAGGAGACAUAGUGACCUGGAGAGGACAGGACCGGUCUCUGAACCCGGAGGAGCUGCUGCUGGAGCUGGAGGAGCUGCUGGAACACAAGCUGCUGUGCAGGGAGCUGGAGGACCAAGAGAGACAAUUUCAACAGAAAGCCUGCGACUACAUGAUGAAGGAAGACGACGAGGACCAAAGGCCAGGCUGCCAUGACAUCAGGAGUAAUUAUACAUUGGAGAGACGAGAGGAAUAUCAAGAGAGCCCCAUGGCGUUUGUGGGACAACCGAAACCUUCUGAGGCCUGUGGCUUCUUAGGAGUACCGGGCCUCGGCUUCUUGGACGCGGACGACGAUGACGAGGUGGUGAUCAGCAUCAGGCCCAAAUCUUCUCCUCGCCCGCGGAGAAGGAGCUCCAGCAGCGACGAGGACUCGGAGCCCGAGCCACCCCUGUCCGGCUCCAGGAGAGUGUCCUUUGCGGACGCCUUGGGUCUCAGUUUGGUGCAAGUGAAGGAGUUUGACACUUGGGAUGUACCCAAGCUGCCUGAAUGUGACUCCUCUGAGGGCGAAGGUAAAGAUGCAGAGGAAUUCUUCAUAUCUCCUGUCACUUUCUCCCUCCCGUUGCCCACCGAGGAGCUGUUUGUCAAAGUCCGGGAUCAGAAAGUGGAGUUGGAGACCAUCGAGUUACUUCCAGGGACCACGAUACUGAAAGGAGUGAUCCGUGUCCUCAACGUCUCCUUCGAUAAGGCGGUGUACAUCCGAACCACGUUGGACACCUGGUCCAGCCACUUUGACCUACUGGCAGAAUACAUGCCCGGUUCCAGUGACAGUCUGACGGACUGUUUCUCGUUUAAGCUCACCUUAGUGCCCCCGUUCGGAGAGCAGGGGGCCAGGGUUGACUUUUGUCUGCGUUAUGAGACUCCGGUGGGGACAUUCUGGAACAACAAUAAGGACAUGAACUACGUCCUGUCCUGUCACCAGAGGGUGAAAGAGAGGAAAGAAACGCCACAGAAGGAGAAAGUGAACAAAAGAAGCUGCCUUAAGACUGUCGGUCAGAACUUCUCCAGUGUGGAGAACAUUUCUACAACGGGAGCUCCAUCUCAGGAAAACAUUUCGACAGAUGUGUCAGAACAUGAAGAGGAAGCUAUGAAAGUCAAGCAGAUCUCUGACGGCCAGUCAGGAACAUCAGAGGAGGAUCGACAGAAAUUACUGGCCGAGAGCAGACAGAACUGCGGCCCAAGGAAUCGCAGAAAGGCUGCAAGGAUGGCUCGGGUGAGGGACUACUUUUCUCAGAGGAACGGCAGAGCGGACGACACCGAAAGAGAUGAGUCGCCUCCGGAAGCAAAAGCUCAAGAAGAGGAAAAGCACUCAGAUGUGCAAUUGUGUCCUGAGGGGAGCAGUGAAUCAGAAGGUUCUCACUUUGUUCCUGAAUCUCUGGAAACAGGCAGCGAACCUCUCCUCGACGUUCCACAUGACACGUCCUCACCGGCACACGACUACAUGCCUAACGGCGAGACAUCCGAGAGCAUUGACAUGGCUGACUCAGCCACAUUAACAGGAAGCGAGAGCGUCACGGAUGUUACGGACAACCCAAUGCAUUCAAAUGAUAAGCCUGCUCCUGCAGAGUGCCAAAAUAUCAGCGAGGAAAGCAACGCCACAGCCAAACCGGCUGACAGUGUUAUUUCAGCAGUGAGCAGCAGCAGCUUCACAUUUGGAACCGUGGUGGCUCCGCUGUAUCAUCAUCAGGUGUUUGGCAGAGCGGGAAGUGAAAGUGAUCGGGGAAAUCCAGUACGGGCUGUGCAGCAUGCUGGAGACUUAACUCAAAGUUACCCUCACGCUGAAAGAGGACAGACUAGCUGCACCGUUCCAACAGAUGCUAGAGGUAGCGAGGUCAAAGUUCAGGGAAGUGUUAUUCAGACUCAGGAAGCAAACCAAGAGUGCUUAGAUGACGCUCCAAAUAGUCUUCCCAUGGAAGAAGAAGAAGAAGAAGAAGAAGAAGAAGAAGAAGAAGAAGAAGAAACAAGUUUGAGUAUGACAUCAAACGACAUCCUGGACCUUGCAGAAACUCUGCAGGAUCCAGAUGAGAAUAUAUAUUCACACCAGACAUCUAUUGUGGGAGAAACAGUCGUACAUCCACACACUGUAAACAUUUUAAAUACAGAUUUGUCGAAUCCACAAAUACCCGCUGAGAGUUCACAUCUCCAGGGAGAAGCACAGGAAGACAGUCUAACCCUUGAUCUCCAAGUGCCAGAGCAAACAUGUACACAAACUAAUCUAGAUGAAACACUUGCACAAAGUGAAACACGAGAAGUCAUUACCAGUCUGGAAACCUCACUUAUGUCACCUCAACCUCCUCAGAGUUUAUUAUCAGAGCGCGUUAGUGACGAGACAGACCAACAGACCAGCGGUGUCGGAGCAGACGGCUGUAAGUGUGAUCAUGAGUCAAACAAAACAGUAACUAUAUCAACAACCAAUGCCAUUUCAGAAGAGGAUAAACUUAUAGAAGCUUUACAUGAUUUGAAACCUGAGCACAUGAAUGAUUCAGCUACGAAAGAAACUAGGAAUAGCUACGUUUCUUGUUUUGAAAUUGUAAAGGAAAAGGAUGUCGCAACACCUCAGAUAUCUCUCAUAACUAAUAAUGUGGAAGAAGGAAAUAAAGUGGUGAACAACUCGUGUGAACAUGAAACAAAACACUCAGGUGAUAUUAAAGUGAUUGAUGAGGCGGCUGAGUCGCCGACACGAGCGACGAUAAGUAAUCACAUACAUGGUGACGCGUUCGUGGAGCUCAGAGAUGAAGACACACGGAAAAUAGAGCAUCAUGAAAUGGAAGCUGCUGUCACUUUGGAUUUUUGUUUAGCAGACACCGCUGAGGUAAACUGGGAAAUGAUGGUCGAAGAAGAGGAGAUAGACAUAUUAACAGAUGAAGAGGAAAGUGAGGCAAUAAGUUUAAAAACAGUGGAGUUCGAGGUCGCAGGGAGAGAGACGGCAUCAGAAAACGGAAGUACAACAGAGACGGAAAACGAGGAUGAAGUGGUUUGGGAGAUCACAGCUGCAAGAGAGAGAGAUGCUGAGGAUGCAGAUGUUUUAGAGAGCAAGCAGGGGAUUGGAGAGGAGGAAAUUGUGUCUGGAAAAGAAGAAGAGAGAGAGUUAGAGAAAGAAAAACACUUUGCAGAGAUACAAGAGGUCAAUGUUGAAAAGACAAAUGUCCAAGAUGAAGAGGAGAUAGAGGAGGAGGAGGAAGAAAUGGAAAUAGACUGGAACGAUGACGAUGAAGCAGGUGAGGAGUGGGAGGAUCAAGAAGAGGAGAAUCCAGAUUACGACGAGGAAAUUCUAGUUGAUGAAACAGGAGAGUCAGAGAGCAUGUCAAUAGAGGACAGGGAAAGUGAAGCGGGGUGUUUCGAAGAGAGGUUAGACACGAUGCAAAACAAGGUUGAGGAUAGUUUAUCCGCUCCGGUGAACAAUGUGGAGCGCAAGAGAGUAAUCGAAAAAGAGAAUGGACACGUCCCAACUGGAAUGCAUCUUUACGACGAGAACGUCAGUUACGAGCUAUCGGAAGCUGCGAGAGACGAGAAUGAAUCCGUUGCCGUUGCAGAGGGAGAUUCGUGCGUUUUCACAGACGAACUCGAAAACGACCAAACGAGCAACGACAGCGCUUCGGCAGAGUCCGACUCAGACGACGAGGUGGAGUUGUACAUGCACUGUCUGAGGGCCGUGCACACCGGGGAGCAGGCCCAGAAAGAGAGGAACAAAGAUGUGAGUUUUAGUGUGGGCAAAAGGCCCUCCGUAAGCAGAAGCAAACUGCUGUCCAUGCCGUCCAUCAGCGAGUCCCUGGAUGAGGAACAGCACCUCAGCCGCCUUCAGGACAACCUCGAGGACGUGGAGACGGCAGACUUCCAACCCGCAGCUGCAGCUCUGCCAAGUGGACAGGAGAGCACCAAUAGAAAUGUUUCAUGGUGGAAAGAAACCUUUUCCUGCAGCAAUAUCUCAAAAACAUUGUUGUACGCCACCUCGUUCGUGGUAUUUUUAGUUGUGGCCUACCGCUAUGAUUUUCUUGCUUGUUUUGGGCUCUACUUGGUCUCAGUGGUUUGGCUCUACUGUCAAAGAGAGAGGCAGCCAGAACAACAAAAACGACAACAGAAUAGGUUGAAUUAAACGGUGCUGUACACUGUAAUACUAUCAUACCACCAUUUGAUACAGAGUGCGCCAGGGAUGACGUAUUUUUAUAGGUCAACCAGGAAGUUAGGAUCGCCUUGGGUUCCCUCCACAAACAGCCACUGUGAUUUUUCCACUGUGUUUUGAAUUAAUGCAGAAAAUAAGCUCUCUUGCAAACAAACGUUUAUGACACUUACACAUUUUGUUCAGCAAGAUAAUUUCCAAGAAUGAACACCACCUUUUAUGAUUUUUGAAGCGUAAAUGCAAUC